AUGGCCUCCGCGGACAUUAGAAAGGCAAUUGAAGCGACUACGCGAGGAUUUAUCGCGGCGUACAGGGACGGCGCGGAAGAAAACAAUCCCGCAAUCAUCAACCGAAACGUCGCUGAUGGCUGCACCCGUCACCUGCUCCCGACUUCUCUGCUCAAAGCCCUCGGCGCUCCACCAGAUUUUGUCAUUGACAAUGCUGAAUACGAAAGGCUUUUUGCCCAGGACCUCGAAGUCGGCGGUGUUCAGAGAAGCGACAUUUCAAACCUGACAAUCGAUGUUGAAGCAAGGAAAGCGGCUGCAACGACCGUCACGGACAUGGUGUGCAAGGACGGCGAGACGAUUGUCAUGGAGCACUCUUGGUUCUUAAGCUUUAAUGAGGAUGGAGCCAAGGUUACCAAGGUGGUCGAGUUUUGUGAUGCGGAGUCGGUUCACCGGCUCAUGGCCAAGAGUAAACCCAAGACCGAUGAGAAGGGCUCGUGA